AUGACUCCGACCGCCUCCCACUCGGCCCUCCGAUACCUCGACCGAAACCCAGCUCUCACCGAAGAAAUCGACAUGGAGCGAGAUGGCCCGAUCCAAGCAUGGAUCGAGUACGACGGGACCACGGGCCUCGUCAACUUGACGAUCUCGCCAAUUGACAUCCCCAAGCCCAUCCACCCCCUCAUCUCCCGGCCCAUCGACCUAUCAACGGUCCUCAUCGACCAAGGAAUGUACGUUGGGUUCUCAGCCGCCACCGGGGAACAAACGAGCUCUCAUUACAUCCUGGGGUGGAGCUUCCAAUUAAAUGGGCCGGCCGAUCACCUCGAUCUCGCUCGUCUCCCGGUCGUGCCGCCCGACGACGACAACUCCUCCCCCUCGAGAACUAACCUCCGGACGGCCCUCAUCGCGACCCUCUCGGUCGUGCUCUUCAUUCUUCUAGCAGCGCUAGCCGGUAGAGUUUUCUACCGAAAGGUUGCCUCGAGUUUCGAGAUGCUCGAGGAUUGGGAGCUCGAAAGCCCGCAUAGGUUCCGCCACGUAGACCUCUACCGGGCAACCGGAGGAUUCAAGGAGAGUGCGAAAAUCGGGUCGGGAGGAUUCGGGUGCGUCUACAAGGGAAUCUUACUGUCCACCGGAUGUGAAGUCGCGGUCAAAAGAAUCAAGUCGAACAACCGAAUACAGGGGAUGAGGGAGUUUGCAGCCGAAAUCGAGAGCCUCGGUCGGCUUAGGCACAAGAACUUGAUCAACCUUCAAGGCUGGUGCAAGUACAAGGAUGAUCUCCUCUUAGUUUACGACUACAUCCCGAACGGAAGCCUCGAAUCCUUACUCUACAGCUCCAAGAAAACUGGUCGAACUCUGACUUGGGAACAAAGGUUCAAUAUUAUCGAAGGGGUCGCCUCGGGACUUUUAUACCUUCACGAGGAGUGGGAGAAAGUCGUGAUCCACCGUGAUGUAAAAUCGAGCAACGUUUUGAUCGACCGGGACAUGAACCCCAAGCUCGGAGAUUUCGGGCUGGCCCGAUUGUACGAUCAUGGGAAAAUCGACCACACAACAAAUGUUGUGGGGACAAUCGGGUACAUAGCACCCGAGCUGGCUCGAACGGGAAAGGCCUCUAAGGGCACGGAUGUCUUUGCGUACGGUAUUUUGCUGCUUGAAGUGGCGUGCGGGCGGGGCCCGGUCGUGUAUGAAGUGGACAGGAACGUGAUUCUUGUUGAUUGGGUGGCAGAGUGCUUGCUCAAGGGGGAUCCAUUCGGGUCGGUCGACUUUAGGUUGGGCUCGGAUUACAAUGUGGAGGAGAUGGAGUUGGUUUUGGGCCUCGGGCUGCUUUGUUCGCACGCUCGGCCCGAAAAGAGGCCCACGAUGAGGCAAGUGGUGAAGUAUCUCAACCGGGACGAGGUUUUGCCCGUUUUUGAUAAGUUGAGCUCGACUGGGUCGAGGAGGGUUGACGAGAUCACGUCGAGGUUUUUGGCGUUGGGGUUGACCGAUAGUGUUGCGACGAGUGAGGCUAUAACGGAGUCGUUUAGGUCUUUUUCGAUUGGGCCGUUGUCUAAUAGUACUUCGUGCGAGUCGGGGAGGUGA